AACCGCCUCCGUGUUGUAAAACUUGCGUUGUGGCUAAUGCUAGUUAGCUGACGCUAGUUAGCUAGCUUCCGAUCACGUUUACGUCAUCCGGAUGUGACGUCGCUUACACCAACCUCCUAAAUAUGGUUACUAAGCAACGGCGUUGCUGCAUUUCUCCCCGUUCCCUCGGCCCACUUAGCCCACUUAGCUCAGGGCUAGCUUAGCUCUCUCACUAGCCUGUUUCGUUGGUCAUAGGCGGGCGGAUGACCGGUCCCCCGAAGCUCUGGACCCGGGCCCCGGUCGCCUUCGGCCGGCUGGCGGUGCCGCAGCUGUUCGGUGAGCUGACGCGACCGGAAGCGGACGUGCGGCUGCGGGCCUUGGUGUCGCUCUGCGGGCUGAUGAGGGACCCGGAGCGGGUGUACCAGGCCGUCCGGGGGGGGUUUCUGGAGCAGCUGAAGGUUUUGUUUGUGGAUGAAGAUCCUUCAGUCAGAACCACAACCUGUGAGCUGCUUCACCUGAUGACGUCACACAGCAUCAGCAGACAGGCCUUGCUGUCCUCCUCCCUCCUCCCCCCUCUCGCUCUGCUGAUGGAUGACUCCUCCUCCUCCUGCAGGAGGAGGAGCCUCCUCGUGCUGAACGGCCUCGCUCUGCUGCCAGAAGGUGCAGAAGCUCUGCUCACUCUCAUUCCUAAGCUGAUGCAGAAGCUCAGGCAGGUGAUGGAGGAGGAGGUAGAGGUGAAGGAGGUGCUGCUCCUCUCCACCAUCACCUCCUGCUCCAGGCUCAACGCCCUGCCGGCUCUUGCCUGUGACGCCAUCUUGCUGGUGGGGGGCCGACUCUCCCACCUCUCCCCCAACAUCCGCAGGGAGGCGUCUGCAGCGUUGAUGGCCCUUAGUGCCUGUGAGGAGGGGCGGCGGCGGGUGUGCGAGGAGGCGCUGCUUCCUGCAGUGGUGGAGCUCCUUCAGGACGGAGACGUGGAGGUUCAGGCCAACGCUGCCGGCGUCCUGAUGUACACCAGCGUCAUCACAACAGGCAGGCAGCGGUGUCUGGACCUGAACGUCAUCCCCGUGCUCCUGGACCUGGUGACCAGGGACCAGGAGGAGCAGGAGGAGACGAGCAGGAGCAGGAAGGCCCUGGUCAUGUUCUCCCUGAGGGCCCUCACGGCGCUGGCCGAGGCCCCGGUGGGCCGGUGCCUCCUGCUGGAGCAGCUCCCCCUGCUGGUGAGGAGGAGCGGGGCAGCAGAGGAGGACCUGGACGUCCGCAGGGCCGCUCAGACCGCCGUGAGGGUGAUCACCUGGACCCCCUGAGACCCCAACGGGGCCCCGAUAAAAACCGUUAACCCUCCAUCGUUCAUUAUUUGUUCAUUGAUGACCUUUGUUGGCUUAGGAGUUAUUAUAUCUUUAUUUUGUAAAAAGCCUCUAUAUUAACAUAUAAUCAUUUUAUACAUACAACUAAAUCGUUGGUCAGAGAAACAGGAAGCUUAGAUUUCAGCACCUUCCUGUUUUAGAGUUUCACAAUAAAACUCACUUAUGUUGAAUGCAAUAAAGCCCUUACUGCAAUAAUGUGCUUCUAAUGCCACAACACAAGGGGGGGGG